AUGGCGCUGGGCGUUGAGGAUUUAAGGAAAUUGAAUAUUGAUCAACUUAUAGCUGAAUUUAUAAAUCUUCAAGAGGAAUAUGAAGAUUUUAAAAAUAAUUCCAAAGAGAUUGAAGUUCUGCUAGAAAAGGAAGCUGAGUAUGCAAAGAAAGAAGCGAGGGAAAAAGAUAAUAAGCUGCAUAUGGUUCAAACAGAACUUGAUAGACUCAAGGAUAAAUAUGACUCGGAAAAAGCAGAAGUAUUGAAAAUAGAAGAUUCUUUACGUAAACAGUUGAAAUCUGCGGAAGAAGAGCGAAACAUUGGUCGGAUCAAAAUCCGCGAGUUAGAACAGAGAAAUGAUGAUUUGGAAAGAGGAGAAAGAAACAAUCAGCAAGUUAUGGAUGAUAACCUUCUAAGGUUGAAUGAGGCUACCGAACGUAUAACUCUACUCGAAAAUGAAAUUUCCGAUAGACAACAAGCCUCCGAGGAAAUGUAUAGACUAAGAGAAGAACUUAAAGAGCGGCCAAGAUUAGUUGUUGGUCCUCUAAGAAUGGAAAGGUGUGAAGAAACACCGGAAGAGCCUACUCCAGAGGGCAAAAAAUCGGUUAAUAUAGCGGAAGGAGUCCAAGAGGAAGACGGCAUGAUAGUUGAUGAGCAGUUACCUCCCGCAGUUGAUUAUGUGAAGAACGAACCGGCUCCAAACAAGCAGUUAGAUCCGGCUCUAAAUGGCGGUAAAGGGUUUGCAAGCUGCGUCAAUAAAAUAGUCCGCGAUCUCAUGGUGAAGGUGGAUAGGCUAGAAGGAAUUCUUACGGGUCUCAACCCAAUAUCUCCCCGUUAA